UGGGAAUAAACAUAGAUCAUACAUCACAAGACACACGGACAACAAGAUCAGUUCAACAUGAGUAAGGAGAAAUAUCAAGGGUUUUACAGUGCCACAGACUCCUAUGAAAUGAGGAUCAUUCUAUUUGGCAAGACAGGCGUGGGAAAGAGUGCAGCUGGAAACACCAUCUUGGGCCGAGAGGCUUUUGAGUCUGAACUGUCUCUAUCCUCCAUGACAACUGAAUGCCAGAAAGCUAAGGGGAAUGUUGGAGGCCGAAGGAUUGCUGUUAUUGACACUCCGGGACUGUUUGACACUAAUUUCUAUGAAGAGGAAGUGUUGAAGAGGAUCAAGAUGUGCAUCUCACUGUCUGCUCCUGGCCCUCAUGCCUUCCUGGUGGUUCUUGAGCUGGGCAGGUUCACCCAGGAGGAGAAGGACACUGUUAAGAUGAUCCAGACCACUUUUGGUGAAGAUGCUGCCAAUUACACAAUGGUGUUGUUUACUCAUGGAGACAGGCUGAGAAAUCUAUCUAUUGAGAGCUACAUUUCAGAGAGUGCUGAUCUGCAAGCCUUCAUUCGCUCGUGUUAUGGUCGAUACCAUGUCUUCAAUAAUGAAAUCAAAGAUGCUGUGCAAACCAACCACCUCCUGCAAAAAAUUGACAAGAUGACCAUGGUCAACAACGGAAGCUACUACACCAAUGACAUGUUCAUGAAACCAGAGGAGGCCAUAGAGAAGGAGAAACAGAGACUCCUGCAGGAGAUGGAGCAUAAAGCCAGAGCUCAAGCAGAUAAAACUGCUCUAGUGAUUUCUAUAACAACAGCCUGCGGUGCUCUGGUUGGUGGUCUGCUUACGGACAGUCAAAAAGGUUUAGUGCUUGGAGUUGUAGCUGGGGCAGCCAUUGGAGCUACUGUUAGUACUCCAUCAGUGAAAACAGAAACAACAAAGAAGCAAACUCAAAAAAUGCUAUGUGACAGAUAAAUGCCAGUAAGUUAAGAUGCCUGUUUUAGUCGGUCAUCAAUAAAACAGACAUGUAGCACAAUAAAUGCAUCAUGUCCACCCUCAACAACAUCUUACGACCCCCUGAUACUCUCGCCCCCCAUCUGCUCUCAACUGCCCACUGUGAUACUUUUUUCUAGUCCAAAAUUCAAGACAUCCACCAACAACUGUCCUCCUCAAGUAACACGACUCCAUCCUAACCUAUUCCUGCUGUCCCCCACUCCUCACUGUCUUGCUCCACCCUCCCCACUGACCUGACAUCUCAAACCUAAUCCGUAAAUCAAAACCAUCCACCUGCCACCUUGAUCCCCUUCCAACCCCUCUUGUUAAAUAUUGUCUACAUUCCCUGUCUGCUCUUACCACUAACAUUAUUCACUCCUCCCUCUCCUCUGGUCAUGUCCCAUCUCCCCUCAAAACUGCUGCAAUAACUCCAGUAUUGAAGAAACCUGGCUCAGAUCCCACCAACCUGAAUAACUUCCGCCCCGUCCCCUGUGUUUUUCUGUUUUUAAUCAUGUACUGUAAGGUGAUCUUGAAUCCAGGUGUAUUAUGUAAAUGUAUUAUCAUUAUUAUUAUUAUUAUUAUUAUUAUUAUUAUUGUUAUUAUUAUUAUUAUGUUACUCUAAUCUACAAUGAGAGCAGGAGGAGAAGGGCUACCUCUGAGUCAUUCUUACCUCCACCAAGGAGGCCAAUGUUUUCAUCAGGGUGGGUUUGUAAAUUUUUAAGCAACUUCCUCUAUACAGCUUUUGACGGAUCAAUCAGACUUUUUUGUGAUGGGUAAGUGAUCACCCAAGUAUGUUCCAAUUAUAUUUUGGUUAGAAUCAUCUACCCCCUGAUAAUGUCACAAAGAAUUAUCGAGAAAUCUCUAUCUCUUACAAUGGGAAAAAAAUAAAUAGCUAUAAGCAGGUAAAGUUCUAUGCAG